AUGCCCCGCCACGGCCUUCGACGGGGCGUCGGUGGCCACUCCGCUUUCCCGAGUGAAGAUGGAGCUUCCGCCUCAACUCCAUCAAAUGACCGACCCCACCGCCAUCCCAACUUCGAGCCUCCGGUUCCUGCCCGGAACCCGCGCGCGGAAAUAUUUCCUGCUAACGAUGGGCAUCCUCGUCUGCAUAAUUUACCCAUUGGUGGCGACCCUGACCUCGCAGAUACGGAGGAGGACCUAGGGGACAGUGGGGAGGAGCGUGAUGACGAAGAUGAAGAUGAUAUCGAUAUUGACAUCGAGGAUGAGGAGGGUGAUGAUGAGGAAUUGAGGCAUGAGGAGGGCGAGGCUGCGGCAUCGCAGCCCUCCGCCCACCCGUCCCCCUCCCAGUUCUGGCAAUCCGACGGGCCCCAGCCACACACGCUCACGCUGCAUUUUUUCAAACGCGUCGCCAUCGUCCGCAUCCGCGUGUAUCUCGACUUCGAACUCGAUGAGAGUUACACACCUACCAAAAUGAUAUUCCUGGCUGGCAUGGGCGGUAACGAUCUCGUGGAGUUCGCGACAUGGCAGGGAGAAGCGCCUACGGGGUGGGUGGAUAUCGACCUGCAAGGGGCUGGGGGACGGCAUGAGAAGGUGGGACGGCGGGGGAGCAAGAGUCGUCAGAGGAGAGGUAGCAGGAGGAAGGGAAAUCUCAGCGGAGAGAAAGGAGAGAUGGGAGCGAGAUCGGGCGCGGGGACAGGGGUUUCUGUCAGCCAAGGACACGAGGCCCAUCCUGACGAUGAAAUACUCGAUGAUGGGUCAAAUGGCAAUAGCAGCCCAAAGACUGAUUAUGAAGAUGGUGAUGGUGACGGCGACUACCAUGACGACGACUAUGAUGAUAUUACCGACAUGGACCCAUCGUCCGGUAACGUCCUCAAAGCCAUGGUAAUCCAAGUCCGCAUCAGCGAAAACCACCAAAACGGCAAAGACACGCAUGUCCGCGGAUUCCAAGUGUUUGCGCGUGAUGAUCGCCGCCUUGCUCGAGAAAGACAUGAGGGCGCACGCAAGUCUCUCAAGCCCCACGGUGCAACUGGUGCCGAUGCUGCUACAGAUGCGAGGAAUGUUAGGGCUGGUUCGUCUAUGCCGGUUGAUCAAGGCGGGGGCGCUGCGGGCGAUGACGAAGUGUUUGGUCCGGCGUUUGAUGAGGAUGAUUGGAUGGGCGAGAUGGAGAUUCGGUAG